CGCCUUUUCCUUGUUGCUAUGGGAGCCUGCUGUAGGGCCGGACUUCGCUAGGGUCCUCUCUUUUUGUUCCCCCGCGUUCUGGCAGCCGAAGCUCCCCGCUCCAGUUCGAGGGAUCCCUUGUUGCCAUGGUGACGGUAGCGUUAUUCUGGACUUGCUAGCGAUGUUCUCAGUUGAGCCGGACGGGGAGGGGUGCAGCCGGGGCAGCAACGAUGUCCCGUUCCCAAAUAAUCCACAGUGGCCACUUCAUGGUCUCGGAACCCCACGCCGAGUCGGAUCCCGAUCCGGAUCCGGGUUCCGAAGCGGCCCUAAGCUCGACCGACCAAGCCGUCCGUUUAGGCCUGGAGAGCUGCGCGGCCGAGCGACUGAGAGGGACCGGGGCGGUGGGGAAGGCCGUGGCCGGGAAGGCAGAGGGUGCGGCCCAGCAUGGUUUUAGGGGUCCCUACGACUUCGACACAGUGAGUGAAGGCACCUGUCAGAUCUACCGCUACGGGCCGCGGAGCAGCGGCGCGCUCAACAUCGACGCCUCCCUCACGAAGCUGUUCGAGUGCAUGACGCUGGCCUACAGUGGGAAAAUUGUAUCUCCGAAAUGGAAAACCUUCAAGGGGCUGAAAUUGCUGCAGCGUGACAAGAUUCGGCUCAAUAAUGCUAUCUGGAGGGCGUGGUAUCUACAGUAUGUGGAGAAGAGGCAGAAUCCUGUGUGCAGUUUUGUGACUCCUCUAGAGUGUAGUGACAUAGAUCAGCAUCGCAAGCCUGAGGCUGUCAUCAUGGAAGGAAAAUACUGGAAACGCCAGAUUGGGGUUGUUAUUAGGGAAUAUCAUAAAUGGAGGACAUUCUUCCAUAUUCGGGCCCAGAAGAAGUUUGACAAACCAAUCUGUGAUCCUAGUCAGGAGGUGUCUGAUGCAGUUUCAGAGGUAGAACUCAACAAUGAAACAGCAGGUGGAGGUCCUAUGGAGCUUGAUCCCUUACAUGAUCUGGAUGCACUUCUGGACACCAUCUUCUCCAGCCGCAACCCUUAUGGUGGUCCCAACUUACGCGGUCUUGCUCACCAGGGUAAUGCUGACAUGAUCCAGCCUACUCUGACCCAACUUCACCCCAACUUUGGAGAAGAAUUUGUGAACACUUUGGACCCCAUUCAUGAAUUUAUUACUUCUUGUCGUUCUCAGCCUACCUUCCAGGUCCCUGCACUUCUGACAGAUGCUACUGCCUUGGGCCAGGAUGCCUCUGAUUUGUCUCCUGUUGCCCCUCACGCCAAGGAACUCCCACCAUUGGGAGACUCGCUCCUCUCCAUCCCUCUGGAUAUGGAGCCGCCCACACCUCUGACUGGACAGCAGAUCUUCUUGCCAUUCUUCCCUACCUCUCCACCAAGGAUCAGCCCUCCACCUGCCCCUCCCAUUUUGCAUGUUCAGCCACAAACCACGUUUGUCUUUUCUGUCAUCACUAACACUGGAUUGGAAAGGACCUCACCAUCCCCUUCUCGGGGAACUUUUAUUAUGCCAAACUGUGGUUCCACCACCAAGGGUGCGGGGGUCAGGCAGCUGCAGCGGAUUGCUCCAGCACCUUCUCCUACUCAUUAUCAGCCAGCAACACCCCAGGCCUCCUUCACUCAGCUACCUACAGCUGGUCCUGUCCCACUGCCCCUCACUCCAGCCACAAAAUCUGCUCAGAUUUGUGGCACCUCAAAGCUCCCUGCUGAUGUCCUACUGAGGUCAGUCUCCAUAACAAAGGAGCCUUCACCAGUGCCUGCCUCUGCUGCUGCCUUGCUUGGUUCCCCAACCCAGAAGAUAGCCAAGGAGACGAAUCUGCGUAAUCACCAGGAAAAGUACAAACAUAAUCCUGUUCAGGGAAGCUGCCGAUCGAGUUUUACUUCUGCUGACUGUGCCCGUCGUAUGAUCAUCAGCUCAGGCUUUAACACUCUUGCCAGUCUAGUACUGUCAGGAUCUGAUCAGACUAGCACUAAGCUCAGCAAAGCAUUGCUCUUGCAGAAGAGUGUAGCCUAUGUAGGAAGACUGCAGCAAGAACGCCGACAAAGCCAGGAGAUGGUGGAAAGACUGCGUGGAGAAAUAGAAGAAUUGAGCACUGCCAUUGAUAAAUUCCAGCGCCAACUUCCACCUAAUGGAGCUCCUGUAUUACCACCGCAAUCUAAUCAGGCUUCUGAACUCUAUGAAGAAUAUGUACGUCAGCGCACCUUACAGGACUGGCGUUUUUGGAUUUUCAGUGUGGUAAUUAAACCACUGUUUGAGAGCUACACCAGAACAGUGAACACGGGCAGCAUCAAAGAUUUCUGCCAGUCGGUGUUGAACUGGUUGGAGCAGCACUGCACAUUACCCAUCUUGCGCCCUGCUAUUUCUGGUUCUCUUCUGCAGCUCAGCAAAAUCACAUCAAUAUUGACUCAGCCAGGCCAGCUGCCUGGGCAAGCUCUACGGGCAGUAUCUUCUCCCCACUGCAAGAGCAACAACUAGGAUGAAGAUUAGUCUUCCCUCCCCCAGAGGUUGCUAGGAAUCCAUAGUAAGAACCUCUAACUCAGGAAAUCCCUUCAUCGUGCAAAUAAGGACAUUGUAACAAUAUUGGGACUAAGCAUUCCACAGCAGGGAAUCUCUGGGCACUAUCUUUGGUGCUGGUCACCAUGGUGGAACAGUGGAAGAGUGGAGGGAAUAGGACAAGGUAUAGAGUUGGAGUUCCUAUUCAGCUCUGCAAAGGAGUCAUCAGGCAUGGCUUUAGAUUCUUUUAGAACUGGGAUGAGUGUGGGUCUCCAUUUCCACAAUUUUCCCACCAGAGGGUGGUAAAGAUACUUAGUAUGAUUCAGUUCCUCACAGAAUGUGAAAGUUUAUGGCUAGCAGUCCCUGGUGUGAGUAUAUCAUUACUUCAUAUCAAUCUGCUGAUGGCUUGGAAAACUGCAUGUCCCACAGGCUGAUUGCAGGCUUUGCUUAUAUAGCUACAUCCAUGGAUGGUUGUAGACAUGCACUUCACCUAAUUUACCUCUUUCAUUCCUGAUCAGAGAUCUUAUGCAAAGCUGUUCAUUUUCUGGACAUUUCCUGGAUUUCUACAAGAGGGUGGAAUCUGGCUUCCAGCACAGAUGAUGUUUACUUUGGGGUUUUCUACCUCCAAAGACCAUAUAUUGAUAUUUAGAUAAAAAAUAAAAACUCUGAAUAAUAUGAGCAGGUUCAUAUAAAGCAGUGAUUUUUGAUGGACCAGAGUUAUUUUGCAGUGCAAUCCUAUGCCCUCUGUUCAAAGGAGUUAGUUCCAAUAAUACAACUGUUGCCUAAUUAUUUUACAUACUGCAACUAACACUUUCUAUACAGCCGUUCAAAUGAACUGGAAGAGUAGAAAACCUUUCUAAAAUGCUAUCUUGUAGCACAGUUCCUUUUCAUAAAUGUUUCUAUGAUUGAUGUCCUCAGCCAGUGGCUAUCCUAUCCAUAGUGGCAUACCAAAUCCAUUAUCUUAGACAAUUUUUCACAGUACUGCUGCCUCUGGGUGAAAUUAUCAAAUGGGAGACAACUUGCUUUAAGGAGCAUACUUGUUUGAUUAAGGUAUUUGUCGCUAAGGAGUUACAUGUUAGUAUAAAGAUAUCAGAGAGAACAAACAUCCUGAUAUUGCAUAGCAAAGUGUCCAGACUCUGAUAGUAUCUAAUCUAUUCUACCUGAUAGCAUGCAGAGUAUUCUUAUGUCCUUAUAGUUGUUCUUGCCUUUUAACAAGCAUUCUGAUACUGAUAAAGACAGACAACUGUGAGCAAUAAAUUGACCCCAUCUAUUUCAUCUAUUUCAUCUAGACCCCAUCUAUUUCCCUGGGGCAGGGAUUGGCAAUAUGGCGCUUAUAUUAGGGCAUCUAUCACCAUCUUGAAGUGAUACCCAUAGCAAUUCUAAAAUAAAUGAAAACUGAUUUUAAAAAGCCAUUGGUUUAGAGAUUUAGUGAAAGUACAACAUUCCAUUGUCCAACAUUUUCCUGUUGGAAGACAGGAAUAUACAAAAUUCACUACAAACUGAAAUAUCCCUUGUUCUUUAACACUGUCAUAUGAUCUAGCCUUUUUGUGUCCCCCUUCACUCUUGUAUGGAAGAGGAACUUUUACCUAAAGAUACCACCAACAAAUUAUAUUAAUGAAAUGCUAAUAUAUAUUAGCAGAGAACCAGUUUGUUGUAGUGCUUAAAACAUCAGGCUAGAAACUGGGAGACCAUGAGUUUUAGUCCUGCCUUAGGCAUGAAGCCAGCUGGGUGACCUUGAGCCAGUCCCUCUCUGUCAGCCCUAGGAAACAGGCAGUAGCAAAACCACUUCUGAACUUUUGCCAAAUUAUAGAUAGAUCAAUGAGCUAAUUGUCGCCUACCUUGGCUAUAAUUAUUGAUAAGAUUUUAAUUUUUUCCAGUCCCCUGCAAUUUCCUUAGUUGAAGCUAUCUUAAAAGGAGACCACAUGUAAACAUUUCUUCAAUUUUAAAAUGUGUUAAUGAACAACUACAGAUUUCUUAUGAUCGUAUUCUAUUUUGUAAUUCCAGAGGCUAUCUUUGUUUCAGUUACAUCUCAGAUGCAACUUGAGUAAUUGUUAACAACUUUACUUUGAUGCUGAGUUUGUAUUUUUAGCUUUCCCUUUU